UAUCCAUGUCAGCCCAUGUCAGCACUGUAAACAUCUUAGUCUAAGCGAAUUGAAACGGAAUGUAAGCCCCCUGCAGUGUUGUGCAUCCACGGCGCGUAGCAGUGAACGGUGUAAGGAGAAUCAGAUUGUACAACGCAGUGAAGCGUUUCGAAUUGCCUAGCGAUCAUCGACCACAUGGGGCGCAGUUCACGGCACAGCACAUUGACAGAAUGAUAAUUAGCAUCAAAGGAUCCCAUCAGCGAGCAAUAAUCGUUGUUCGCAAUUAUUGCAAAUUAUCGAUCUCCAUACUGAUUGCAUCUAUUUGCACGCCAUGUAUAUCACGAAGCGAAGCAAUGUCGGGCCCCAGUUAGCAUUCACAUUGCCCCUCAUCUUCGCGAUCCUAUUGGUCGUCCUGGCAUUUGCCGUCUAUCUCCUAUGGAAAUACAGACUAUGGCAAAGGCAACGAUCCCAAGACACCACGGGCAAGCAGCUGGACCCAGAGUCACUCGAGGGGGGCGAUUCCCCAGUUCCAGACCUCUUCACUAGAUUCCAACAAUUUCAGAACCCUCACUACACACCACAAAUCAUCUUCGACGGCAGCAGCGACGAAAAGACACAGCAUAAGACAUACAUCGCGGAGAUACCGCAAGUCCAUUGCGCAAAAGCAGCCACGCCCCAUAUCGUCGAAAUCAAUCCUGCCCGACCUGAACCUAAGGGCGUGGGUAUCCGUGGGCGCAUGGGCUCCAUCAACGGCGACACUAAUCGUCGAGCCGUCAUGGCAGACGACACUCUGAUCUUGGUUGCUCCAGAAUCGGGAUCAACACCGCCGUUGCCUGGAUACUCUUCUACUGCAUCGUCGCCUCAAUUUCCUAGUCCUGCUGAACUCCCAUCGGACUGGCCGCUGAAGGCGCAAACAACAAUCCCUACAAUAGAAAUCAGCAGUCCAACAGAUGAGAAACCGCCCCGCACAGAAUUUGAAACUCCGACAGUAGUGAGCGAAAGCCAAGCUGUCGAUACGGCAUCCCCCGAGACAAAGGAGACAAAGACAGAUGAGAAACCCCCGGCACAACGAGAGAAGCGUGACUCCAUCGUGGAGAUCCAGACCUUAGAAGAGGAUCAAAGGAAAAAGGAUGAGGAGACACAAGAUCGACGAUCUACAGGAGACCGGUAGCUCCGCCUUUGGAGCGUAUCGCAUUUUCAAUUUGUAUCAUGUUUUAUUAGAAUGAAAUGUAAAUGUGUAAUGACCCUUGUAC